GUCGAGGAAAGGGUGAGGCUGUGCGGGACGUAGUAGCAUAAGGGGAAUGCGCGCGGGAGUGCAUAGGUUUUGUGUGCCACCUUCGACUCCGCACGAUCGCCACGGUGAUUCACAAUAGAAGUUGUAUGGCGGCUGCAGAAAGGCGACUUUUACACGAGAGACACUUGAGGCGAGGAAAAAAGAGCUGUGUGGCACAAAAUGUUAAAGUUAAUUCCACUGUGCGAUGGACAAAUGGGCGCGAGUGUGGUGGAGACGAUGUUGGCUCAUGUGGGCUGUGAAUGGAAGUUUUUCCAGGCCGCGCACGUCUCUCCCACCGAUGUGGAAGUCACACCGAGAAACGGUCAGAUGGAUUUCUCAACUCGAGUCAGUUGACUUGAAGCCACGUUCGCGAGUGGAUUGUGGGUGAGAUCGCUGUGUGAAAGUGUUAUCCCCGUUUAUAACACGGACCCCCUCCCAAAAAAAUAAUAGAGACCUCACGUCUGUAUGUGUUGUGUAUUUGUGGAAUUUCUUUGCAUUUAAGCACCUCACAUUCAUAUGGACCACAAUGCUGAGGAAUGUCAUAGCCCAAUCAAAUUAACGUAGUUUUUUCCACCGCGGGCCUCCAGCGAGAUCGUUUGAGAGGAAAAAAAAUCCUAAAUGCUGAUCCUCUCGCAAUGAAAACAAACAUUACAAUGGAUCCUCGAACGGGACUCGACUACAUUGUAGACAACAAAGAUUAUGUCCAAAAACUAGGAAGUGCCUUGGACACGGACAAUGUCACCGUCAAAAAGCAAGUGUUUGAACUCUUAUCAGCUCUCUGUGCGUAUAGCGCUGAGGGUUACAAUCGAGCCCUGGAAACACUUGAACACUUUAUGAAUCUCAAAAAGGAGCGCUACCGUUUUAGAAUAAUAGUGUUGGAGCUUGAAAAGGCUAAUUUGGCUGAGUACCAAAUGGCCCUUCUUGCAUUCGUAAAUUGCUUGAUUAUUUCAGCUCCAACACUGCAGAGACGGAUAAAGGUCCGUAAUGAAUUUAUAGGACUCAAUCUCCUAUCUGUGCUCAAUAAUCUUCGGCCAUUAGCGAAGAACUUACCUGACAUCAAGGUUCAGCUGGAUGUUUUCGAUGAGCAGCGUGAGAGCGAUGAAGCUCAGAAUCUACAAGAUCCUGAUGGAAUUAAUCUUAACUCGCAUUUAGAUGUUUUUUACGCGAUCCUGAGGCAGGUAUCCGAUACACCCCAGGGAAUCCCAUUCCUCUCAAUCUUGCAGCACUUACUGCGUAUAGAUCCGAAAGAAGCAGUUAGUGAUUUGAUCUGGGAUACAGCAGAAACAUUGGUACAUAGGGCUACACUUCUUGAAAAUCACGAGGACUCUGUGAGACUUCUAAGAGCACCAAGUGUGCAGAAAAUCGUUUGUCCUCAUUGUAGAACGGAUAUUAGUGCCACAAGGAAACAGUCCAUUGCUGCAGGAUCUCUUCCUUCUCCCCCACCACCUCCGCCACCAGCACUUUCACCCCCGCCACCACCUCCGCCAGCUAUGGGUGAAUUGAAACCUAUGACUGUUCCACCUCCACCACCUCCCAUGGCCCCUGUACUAAAAACUCCAGUGCAGGUUACAAAGGCUCCUCAGCCCAAAACUCCAGAACCGCCGCCAGAACCUCAGCAAUUGCUGCCGCAACAGGAAACACCUGUUCCACGUAGUAAAAUGAAAACAAUUAAUUGGAAUAAGAUUCCAUCAAAUAGGAUCCUAGGACGUCAUAACAUCUGGUCCUCCCUGGCUUCAGCGCACAGUACAAAAGAUACUCAGGCACUGGACUUUGAAGAAAUUGAGGAUCUCUUCUGUCAGCAAACUACACCAAAUCCACAAGCAUCUCCAAAACUGGGACGCGACAAAACCGACACACUGGAAAGGAAGAAAAAGGAAAACUCCGAAAUAAGUUUACUUGAUGGAAAAAGAAGUCUCAAUGUUAAUAUUUUCUUGAAGCAAUUUCGUAGUUCCAAUGAAAACAUUAUCAAUCUCAUCAAGAAUGGAGAGCACGAAGAUGUAGGAGCGGAAAGACUUAGAGGUCUCCUGAAAAUUUUGCCUGAGGUAGAUGAAUUAGACAUGCUAAAAUCAUUUGAUGGUGAUAAAACACGUUUAGGCAAUGCAGAAAAAUUUCUCAUGGAACUAUUAAACCUUUCCAACUAUAAACUUAGAAUCGAAUGUAUGCUCCUGAAAGAAGAAUUUGCAGCAAAUGUUGCAUACCUAGAACCAGCUAUACGAACUAUGCUGUAUGCGGGGGAAGACCUGAUGACUAACAAAUCACUCCAAGAAGUUCUCUACAUGGUUCUUCUAAUGGGAAAUUUCCUCAAUUUUGGUGGUUACGCUGGAAAUGCAGCUGGAGUCAAGCUAUCUUCCCUACAAAAGCUCACCGAUAUCCGUGCUAAUAAACCUGGGAUGAAUUUAAUCCACUAUGUAGCUCUACAAGCUGAGAAAACGAAUUCUAAACUUUUGGACUUUCCCUCAGAACUGACCACGCUGGAGAACGCUUCAAAAACAAGCGUGGAACAACUUAAUAACGAGCUGUACACCCUAUGCCAGAGAAUAGAAAAAGUUAAAAAGAACAUUGAAUCCCCUAAUACUGAUAUCGAUAUAAAAAAGCAGAUGGUAGAUUUUCUCAAAACUUCCGAACAGGAAGUACAAAUUCUCGAACGAUAUAUGUUAGAUUUAGAAAAGAUGCGCAUAAAAUUGGCGGACUUCUUCGUUGAGGAAGUUAAAACCUUCAAGCUCGAAGAAUGCUUCAAGAUCCUGCAAAAUUUUAGAGAAAAAUUUCGUCAGGCUGUUGUAGACAACGAAAGAAGACGAAUUCAAGAACAACAAGCAAACUUCCGCAGGAAGCAGAGAGAGGAUCAACUAGCCAUUAAGAGAAGGAAUGUGACACCAGAUUUAUCAUUGGGAAUAGAUAGUCAAAUCCUCGAUUCGAAUCUUCUAACUUGUAGUCCAGCUCUUCAACGGCGAAGAAUUGGCUCUUUUACGAACAACAACGAAUUAGCAUCCCCCAAGGAUCCCGGACCAUCACCGGAGAAUACUCUGAGACGACGCAAAAGUCGAAAUCUCAAUGAAGAUGAGAGUCUGAUGGAUUUCCUAAGGUCAUCAGGUCAUGAUAAUUUUUCCAGAGAACGAAAAACAUCUUACGGCAGUUUAGAUCGUUCCUGGGCACGUCGAGCAAGGGCCGAAAAUGGUUUCAAGAAGCGCCCUGAUCUCUUCCAUGUAGACUUUACAGCUGAUAGAGAGAGAGCCAAUUCACCCUCAUCACCAAUCCAGCCACAUCCUGUUCCUACGAUUGAAAAGGAAAAUCCAAGUGAUGAAGUAAAACCGAGAAUUUCAAAGGAGUGGCACGAAAAGAUCCAAACAUGGCUUCAACACAAUGAUCCAGAUAGCAGAAAGAAACGACUCUCACAGAGAAAGUCAUACGAAGAAGAUUCAGAAAAUGAACGAAAACUUGAUCCUCUUCCAGAAGAGAAGGUAUCACAGAGCGAAGAAAAACCAAGGAGAACACACAUGAAGUGGAAACCUUCUAAUACAAUCGAAAUAACCGAUGUGGUUGGCACGAUUGAGGCAAUCCAAGAAUCUCAACCAAAACCACGAGAACCACGAAUUACAAGCCCAGACAAUUCUCCUCGUAAAUCUCUGAUAUCGACAUUGGGUCAACGAGAUCCAAGCGAAAGACCACACAGGAUUUUUUCAUCAGAAUUGCGACCAAAGGAUGACAUCGAUGCAGACAAUAUUGAAACUCCACCAACUCCCAGGAAGAGUCUUCUGGGGACUGGGGAUAAUUUUAAUAAUGAAGAAUCACUAGGAACGGGACAAUUUGAUAGAUUUUCCUCUGCCCGCAAGACCCGUCGCUUUAAAAGAUCUAAUGCAGCCACAACUGACACCGCUAUGUCUGAAGAGGUUCCCAAGACGCAAAUUUUUGUUGAAUCAUCCCAACCUGUUGCUCUUGAGAAGAAACAGUUCACGCUCGAAGAUAAGGAAGCACGACUGAAACGCUGGCAGGAACGACUUAAAAGCCUCGAUGAGGCAGAGGGACAGAAAAAUCCCAGACGUUUCCAGAUUGGUGAGAAAGCUGGUGAAAGUGUGCGAAGUGUAACAAAAAAUACCCCAUGUGAAUUCAAUGACGAAGGCUUUGAAGAAUCACAGAGUUUGGUGUCAGACACCUUAUCUCAAGGCAAGGAAACAAGCUCCGGAAAUGAAAAUACAGAUCCUCAGGUGCAUGUGAGGGAGAAACCAAGUGCAAUAGGUGGUGAGGUGGAGACACACAAGAGAAUCAGUGAUUUAAUGCCAAAACGAACAUAUUCCAUGCGAAAUAGUCCGUCUGCGCCAACAAUCUCUUCUUCAAAACCUCUAUAUAGGAGGAAUUCAUUACGAAAGAAUGACUCAAAGUCAUCAGUUACCAGUCUUACGAGUAGGAAUGUCGAGAGAAGUGGCUCAAGAGGGAGUUUGAGGUCAUCUCGCUCUUCGCUGAAUAGCGGUGUCUCUACUAGUACAGUUAAGAGACUCCCAGUAAAGCCUCCCCCAUCCAGAUUUACAACAACCCCAUUUCAUGAAAAGAAACCCCUGCAGAGCUCAUCAUUCCGUCUAUCUGGAAGUACAUCUCGUGUUCCUGCAAGUCGAAGUAGCUCUAGCAAUUCGAGCAUAGGUAGUGCAUCCCUUCGGGUGAAACCUCAAACUUCCGGAUAUACAAAAGCUCCCGUUUCUUCGGAGAAUCUCACCAAUGGAACAACUUUUCGAACACUCCCUAGCCCAAAGUUACCAAAUACCCAUGGCGUCAGUGUGACCAGUCGACGAAAUAACUUUAUGCGACCAACAACGGCUUCUACGACCAAAGCCCAAACACCAGCACCACCAAUUAGUGGACAAAGUGCACUUCUUAGAAGUCGUCUUAGGAAGUGAGUGCCAUACCCAGUGUGGACAUGAGAAAUUCCCCACAAUCCCAAUGCACUGGAAGGAUGAAAAUACGAAAGUUUAACGUUCAAAGGUUGACGUAAAAAAAAUUUGAAAAUUCUUUAAUUAAGCGCAUUCUGGUCGGUGGUUAAGUCUCAAAUUCUCUUUCGUGAAUUAUGCCAACUUUUUUUGUUCCAUAAAUAAUAAAAAAUUAAUUAUACUUAAACGUCAAUAGAAAAAAAAAACAUUUCAACCUUUUAAAAGGAUCUUUUGUUGAUUAUUUUUUCCAGUGCAAAAAAGCUGUAUAUUCACAACGAAAGAUUUAGUUAGAAAAUUCUUGAGACUGCGCUGAAGUAAGAGAGAAAAAAUAUGUGUGUAGCGAAAAAGCAAGAAUGAUAAAAAAAAAUUAAAAUGACAUAACAUUAUGAAAAUAAAUCGCAAUAUAAAAAGUAAUCAUAUACUUGAAUAAAAAAAAAAAGACUAACUCUGCUAAUACAGCAUAAAAAGAACCUGUUAAAUUCUCCCUAACAUGCUCAAAACUUAAACAUAUUUUAUUUCUAAUCCCACUUCUAACCAAGAAUAAAGUCACAUAGAGACCCAAGACACCCUCUCUCAAAUAAAUUAAUUAUUAAUUUUUACGCGUGUUUUUUUUACAUUCCUGAUAUUUUGUACUUUGCAAAGUUAUACUCUUUGUGUUUUUUAUAUCUCCUUUUUUUCUUCUCAAAUACAAACAAAACAGAAAAAAAAAUCGAAGAAAA